CUGUGCUGUCCGACGCGGCGCGAGUCAGUCAGUGACUAGUGAGCUACAGUCGACACAAGCACAAUGCUCUCUGCCCCGACCGCACACAUGAACAAGACGCCGUCCACGGUCUCCGUGGCGGGGAAGAACGGCAUCGGCGGUUACACAUGGGAGUACGCGACUGUGCCGGACAAUCGUAGCAACUGGGAGAAGUUCAAAACCACCAUCUGGAACCCGGAGACCCACCAAUUUCUGGGGCGGACAGGCAAGAGCUGGGGUGGGAUUUUCAUAUUCUACGUGAUUUUCUAUGGGGCCCUCGCAGUUUUCUUCGCCAUCUGCAUGAAGUUCCUGAUGAUGACGAUCGACGAUCAUUACCCCAAAUGGCAACUUGAUAGUUCUAUCAUCGGCACUAAUCCAGGCAUGGGUUACAGACCAAUGGCUGUGGAGAUAGAGAAAGGUUCGCUCAUCUGGUACAGUGCGUCCAACUCGUCCAAUGUCGACACUUGGGUGCAUUCGCUCAACAACUUCCUCGACCCCUACAACAACAGUCGUAUCUUGCCGGGCGCAGGGCAAAAUCAGCAGAUUUGUGACUUCGACCGACCCCCGGCCCCGGGCAAGGUGUGCGCCGUGGAAAUCAACAGCAAGGCAUGGGGUCCCUGCACCUUCCACACCAACUACAGUUUCCCCCAAGCCAGCCCGUGCAUCUUCCUCAAGCUCAAUAGGAUAUAUGGGUGGCAGCCAGAGCUGUACAACGACGUCAAAUCUCUGCCCAGUGAUAUGCCCGAGGAUCUCAAGAAGCACAUCAACAAUACUGAUAAGAAGCAUAGGAACAUGGUCUGGGUGAGUUGCUCUGGAGAGGCGCCCAACGAUCGAGAGAACAUAGGAGAGAUCGAAAUCUACCCUCGGCCUGGGUUUCCUAGCUACUACUACCCCUACCAGAACAUCAAGGGCUAUUUAAGUCCCAUUGUGGCUGUUCACUUCAAGCGGCCAAAGCUUCAUAUCCUGAUCAACGUAGAAUGCCGGGCCUGGGCUAAGAACAUCUUUUACAAGAGAAGUCUUCAGAACAGGGAGGGUUCGGUGCAUUUCGAACUGCUCGUCGACUGAGAACCUCCCCACAGCCGUGAUCUGGCAAUGUGAUCACUGCAUUAUUGUAUCUAUGUCCGGUGUUCCUGUUGUUCAUACAAAUCCUCCCAUCUUCAAUAUGCUCCAGUCUUACAGAAACACGUUUACCUUUUUAAUAAUUUAUUACAACUUUUACAACAGGAAUUGGCUUUACCAUGUAGCCUACUCGGUAAAGGAGCUUUCCUACUGAAUUGUAUUGCUAUGAAUUAAUUAUAGCAAAUUACUCAGUUUUCAUUUUUAUAUAACCUAAGAAUAUCACCUUUUCAGAUACUGUACAUUUAUUGAAUUUAUGACACGUUUUUGCUAAUACCUAAAAAGAUCCCUUUCUUCGUUUCUCAAGUCUUCAAUAACCCAUAAAUAAUGCAUUACAACUUUUAUAAAAGGAGUUGGCUUUACCAUGUACUCGGUAAAGGAACUUUUCUACUAAAUUGUAUUGCUAUCAGUUAAUUAUAGCAAAUUACUCAGUUUCAUUUUUUAUAUAACCUAAGAAUUUAAUCUUUUCAGAUACUGUACAUUUAUUUUAUUCAUGAUAUGUUUUCUCUAAUACCUAAAAAGAUUCCUUUUUUGCUUCUCAGGUAUUUAUUAGACCAUAAAUAAUUCCAGUUUUAAUAAAAUGUAAUAUCUUGUAACGUGUCCUAAAAGCCAAUUUAUUAAAUAUUAGCUCUUGAAUGCAGUAACCUUUGUUUUGUCAAUUAUAUAUCUAAUGUUGCAUAAGUGCCUUGGAAACCAAAUCAAAGUUCUAGAAAAGUGGUGCAAGAAAGUGGCUUUCUUUAAUGUUUAAUUCAUAAGCAGUUAUGUACUUUUAAAACUACACACCUACGUCUGAAAUUGCUAAAGCACUAUUUAGUCCAUAAAUCUUAAAUAUUAUGUUUUCUCCAAAGCUAAAUUAUUUAUGAUUUUAAUAAUAUUAAAAUCAUAAUAAAGAUAUUAUCUUUGCACAACAUGCUUUAUUUAGUUGUCGUAUUUUCAAUAUUUUGUUCCUUAUGGCAGUACAAUACUAUAGGUAACAUUAUUUAAAAGUACAAAGUACUUGUACUUUUUUUAUUUUAAUUAAUAUUUUGAUAUGCUAUAAACCCCAAGCCUACAUUGUUUUCUAUGUAUGUUUUUUUAUUUUUAACAUUUAAUCAGCGUAAAUAUUGUUCCUUGCUGGUUUGUAAUAUGCUAAUAAAACUAACUACAAAUAGAUUUUUAUAGAUGUGGUUAUUGAUAAAGAGUUAAAUUUGUACUUUUUCCAAAUUAACACAGUAAAGCUAAAAAUUGAGUGGAAACAUUCUAAUAACGGAUUACAUGGAACUCUCAAGAGCUUAUGCAGGUUACGAUUUCACGAACUUUGCUGCUACGGCCACUGCCACUUGCUCUAUUUUGUUCUCAUUUUCGUAUCUGAAGUAAACAUUUCCCUAUAAACUAAUGAUUUACAACGAUUUUAUUAAUAGAAUUAUUAUAUUGUAUCUAAAAUAUAAAAAGAUUAACUUUAUGCACUUUAGUAACAUGUUUAGGUUAUUGUCAGUUUUAUUAUCAAACCUUCAGUAAAACAAAAUAUUAUAUUACAUUUUAGUUCUUGACGGAAUAUGUUACACAUUCAACGCUGUGGAGAAAGGACUAAUUUAUUAUGUAUAUGCAUUGUACAGGAAAUAACUUUAAACCAGAAUACCAAGAUUUUUUAGUUCCAAAUAAAUAUAUUUGAGUUAUUUCAAGGUUCGUUAUCAUGUUAAUUUAAACAGUUAUAUAAAUAACACUACAAAUUUAACGACGAUUUGGUAUUUAUGAUCUUGUCUCCAAUUAUUAUUAAUUGUUACACUUUAAUUAUGGAAUAAUAUAGUAUUUCGUAUUAAAUACGAAGGACACUGUUUUGUAUCAAAGAGAGUUACAUAUAUUUUAACUUUAUUUACCGUAAUUAAAAAUUGUUAACUAUUUGCUUAUGAAAUCUAAGGCAAACCCAUCAACAAAGAAAAGUAUACAUAAAGAACUCGUAUUUACAGUUCUUGGGGUAUUAGUUUAAGUUUUACUAGAGUAUUCACUUGUGUUAGACUAGGAUGAAUGUGUGCCUUUCAAUGUCGUUUCAUACCUAAUGUAGGUACGUACUGUAGAGAGAUAGUGAUGUCUACGGCCUUGUACUUCGGAUACCAAAAUGCAUUUUUGUUUGUUUUGUAUUAGAUAAUUUUUUUUUGUAGUUGUAGUAGAUUGUUGCUUUUUUAUGUACAUAUAGACUUAAUAGAACGUUAAUUUAGUGCUAAGCAGUGAUAUAUUUGUUAGAUCUUUCAAAAUGUAGCUAAAUAUAUAGACACGAUGUUGUAUAUAUUACAAUUAAAAAUUUUAUUUGUUCAAA